CCACGGAGCUCGAGUUGGUUCGAUCUUUUGAAACGGAAUUUCUGUCCGUUCGCUCUCGUUUCUUCACGCUAAACAAUGAAUUGCACGGUUGAUGGUAUUACCGAAGAGGUGUAUCGGCUUGUUUCGAAGCUGCAAAAACGUGAAUCGGGUUUAGAUGCUUUACGAGACUCGAUCCUGGAAAUUCAGGCGCCGUUUGCGGGCCAGCAUCGAUGUCAAGAGGACUCGCUGACGUUUGAGGAACUAUCCAAACGCGUUGAAAAUCACCCCAGGGGCUGGCUGAUUUUGUGUUUGGCCGCUGAAAACAAGGAAUUAGAACAACUUCAGGUGGAAAACAGGACAUUGCUUGACUCGCUGGAUAAACAUCAGUCCGCGCUGGAUUUGAUCAUGAAAAAGUAUCGGUUGCAAGUAUCGCAGCUGAUGCAAACAAACCGAAUGGAAAAGUUAAUUAGCACCAAUGGAUCUCGUUUGGAGAAUGUUGCAAAAGGUUCAACAGGCACUUUUCAUUUGAGGUCAGAUGAUAUGUUUUCAGAUGAAAGAGUGGUCCGAGCUGAACCUGUCAUUAACAGAAGUCACAAAGAUGACGAAGGACCCAGCACUACCGAACCAACUACCGCCAUGCUAAGUGCGCGUGUAUCUACUCUCGCCUCCAUUGCUCGGGACGUUUGCAAUAGCGGUGAUUUGUACACUAUUCAGUUGGAGGCCGAGUUACAUCGUCUACGGUCGGAGAAUGCUGGGCUACGUGAACUGCUCACGAUCUCUUCGGACUUCGCCGUGGAUCCGACUGAUUUUAUUAAGAGCGCGUCUUCGGCGGACCGCGCCGUCCCCGGUUCUUCAUCGGCGCAACCUUCGCUUCGAGUUGAUUUGUCUGUCUUAUCACCUAAUCAGAACUCAUCUAACGUUGGUUUACACCAUCCCUCAAAACUAACGAAUUUGGUUCGUGCCUUGGAUGACUUUAUUCCUUAUAACACUUCUCAGCGCGGGCGUUCUCCAAGUGACCUUUCCUCCGGUCGCAGCGAAGACGAUAAUGAUUAUGAUGAUGAUGUUACUGUGGCGGAUGGCAGCGAGAGUUCUGAUUAGCUUUUUGCGGAGUCGAUUCACACCCCUCAAGAUCUAGAAUGGCUUUGAACUGAUGCCUCUGUUCCUUAGCCUCCGUAUUUCCAUUUUGGCCGACCACUGACGUCGAUCAUACACACCACUCCCUUGCCUCUUAUGUGAGGGGCUUUUUAGAGUUAUGUGCAUAUCUGCACGUGUCUGACAGUUGCGUCACGCGCAGCAGAACGUUUGAUGGUAUUGUCCUCCGUAAUAAUACAUCGGCGGAGGAGUCUCACUUCUGUUAUUCCCGAUUGGGUCAAUUUUCGCGACCUCUUUGCCUGCACACGCGGUUGACAGUCUUUCACCUUGUUAGCGAACCAUUCACCAGGACUCCCAGUGAAAUCUCUUGGCUUUUAUGUUUCCCAAUUCUCAGGCACCAUAUCGCCUUGAUUGCUCACAUUUUCUUGUGGAAUUCGCAUCAUUCAGAGCUUCUUCCCUGUAACCGAAUUUCAUGUCGAAACGAAGUCUAAAUAUUUCGGUAAGAUAAUGAAAUACAUUUAAAACACCCAACGACCUCAAAA